CCCGUACGUUGUCCACAGCUGCUCUCAAACCCAGCGAGCUCACAGUCGUGCCCGGACAGGCUCAUUCAAAGUCCACCCACCACUCUGCAAACAUCAAACCAGCUGGUUGGCUGGCCUGUUUUCUCCAAGGCGGAACACAUCGACUUUCUCUACCUAACUUCUUCCAACAGCAGAUAGCGUUCGACUUCAGCGCGACUGAUGGCUGGUCGUGUUACUAUCUAACUAUCAUCCACACGUCCAUCUAAAUCGCGUAGGUUUCCUCCGUGGCAUUCUGGAAAAUGUGACAAGGAUCCGAACACCUUUUGGGGAAAAACAGGACGAGUCUUGCGUGGUCACACUGAUCAGAAAAAGGCAUGCAUUGAUGAAAGAGCGAAUUAAAGUGUUGUUUUAAAAUGGAAAGUUGUAAACGUGGCGAAAGUUCAGGCGUCCGACCCGCUUGGGGUGUUUCCCCGGUGGAGAACGCGACGUUUGGUCAACCUGUGUCCCAGGUGACCCUGAAGAGACAAGCCGUGAAGAGACACCACCACAAACACAACCUCAAACACCGCUACGAGUUUCUGGAGACUCUCGGCAAAGGAACCUAUGGGAAGGUGAAGAAAGCCAAGGAGAGAUCUGGUAGAAUGGUGGCCAUAAAGUCCAUUCGGAAGGAGAAGAUCAAGGAUGAGCAGGACCUGGUUCACAUUCGUAGAGAAAUUGAAAUCAUGUCCUCUCUCAGUCAUCCACACAUCAUCACCAUCUAUGAAGUGUUUGAAAACAAAGACAAAAUAGUCAUUGUGAUGGAAUACGCAAGUCGGGGGGACCUGUACGACUACAUCUGCGAGACCCAGAAGAUCUCUGAGCGCGAGGCCAGACACUUCUUCAGGCAGAUCGUCUCGGCGGUGCAUUACUGUCAUCAGAAUGGGAUUGUUCAUAGGGACCUGAAACUAGAGAAUAUUUUACUGGAUGGCAACGGUAAUAUUAAGAUUGCAGACUUUGGUCUGUCGAAUCUCUACCACGGAGAUGAGUAUCUCCAAACGUUCUGCGGCAGUCCUCUGUACGCCUCCCCGGAGAUCGUCAACGGGCGUCCUUACCGAGGGCCCGAGGUGGACACCUGGUCCCUGGGGGUGCUGCUCUACACCCUGGUCCACGGCGCCAUGCCCUUCGACGGGAACAACCACACGACUCUGGUCCAGCAGAUCAGCACUGGAAACUACCGGAAACCCCCUCGCCCCUCGGACGCAUGCGGGCUCAUUCGCUGGAUGCUGAUGGUGAACCCUGACCGCAGAGCCACGGUGGAGGAGAUAGCAGGCCACUGGUGGCUCAACUGGGGAUACCCACAGCCUUUACUGGCCGAGUUCAAGAGGACGGAGCAGGCCCCAUCACAAGACUCUAAUUCAGCCCAGCACCCCACCGGGCUAUCUAGCAUCGCUGGCUGGUUCCGGCGAACAUCGAGGCCCUUGCUGGAGACGGGCUCCAAGAUGCGCUGUCUACUGCGACCGCAGAACGCAGAGGGCAAUAUAGUGAGGCAGCGCUCCCUGCGUCGGUCCCAGAAGGAGAACAACGUCUCCAACUCUGGGGCAGAGGGCACUGUGGACCCCAGGCCCUCCAAAGGCAUCCUGAAGAGACGCCCCAGUCUGAAACAGAAACUGACCGGCGAGGUUCCCACCGGGGAAGCAGCGAAGCCUCAAAACGUCUCGGCCAUGUCCCUACAAGAGAACGCCCCUUCCCCUGCACUGCAGCCCCGCAAGGGUAUCCUGAAGAAGCCAGCGGAACAGGAGUCGGGGUACUGCUCCACGUCCCCGGAGAGCGGCGCCUCAGCCCAGGCGGAGCAGACUCUGGAGCUCCCCUCAGCGCCGACCUCUCGCAAAGGCAUCCUGAAGCGCGACGGGAAGUUCUCCUCCAACAGGCUGCAGGAGUUUGGGUCUCUGGAUCAGCUGGCGGUGUCUCUGCCACGCGCCGGCCAGAGGUCCCGGCCCAGCUCGGCCAUCAGCGAGGACAGCAUUCUCUCUUCAGAGUCGUUUGAUCAACUGGACCUCCCCGAGCGCAUGGGCCCACCGGGGACCGGCGAGGACCCGCCCCGGGGCAGCAUGAGGGCGUGCGUGUCGGCGGACAACCUGCUGGACAUCCGGCAGAGCGAGAACCUCAGCGAUGGCCUGCGGCGGCCGUGGAAGUGCUACCAGGCGGGGGUGGCCGACAGUGCCUUCAGCAUCACAGACUGUGAGAAUGUAACAGAGGCUUACAAGCAGGCCGUGCUAGGUAGAAGUGUGGUGGCCAGCUAAAGAAACCAACGGGUCACGGUCGCUGGAUAGAGUCUUCUAGGAAUGACUGCUUUGGCGUUUAUUGUGAAACAUGUAGAAGGUACAUUUGACAGCGGUCUGAUGGUAGUCUUUGUUUCAUGCUUUUUGGUAAAUGUAAAAAAGGUAUUCUGUUGGCACACACAGGGGGGGGGGGGGGCAUUUGAAUGUGACUGCUAAUGGAAUGCACAUUUUUGAUAGGGGAGACUACAUUUGGUUAAGAAUAAGUUUUUACUAAACUUACACUCACACAAUACCAAUAAUAUCUUACUAAAGUGGCUCGAUUGGUAAUGUGUAGGAAAAGGCUGACACUCUGUCCUACGUUGCAGAAAUAGGGGGCCCAUCACGUGCCUAUAAUUGCCAAAUGGUUAGUUAAGGAUUUCUUUCACCUGAUGCAGGAUUAUGAGUCUAAUUUAAUUUAAUCUAAACAAAACUUGAAUAGAGUGUAGUUACUUAAUUUAUUUAACCCCUCUCAUGUGGGUUAGGUUAUUGGAAAAAAGAUAUACCUGAUUCCAAAGAGAAACCAAAAUGAUUUUAAAAUGCCCUUCGUGACAUUCUGGAUGCAACAGGGAUCUUGCUUGUCAAAUAUUGUUUUUUUCUUCUUCCUUCUUGUUGACAAAGAAGGAAGUUGAUGUUCAAUAGAACGAGGUAAUGACUUGAAUAACAUUUAUUAUGCACUGACUCACGGCAAGUGAAACUUGUAGAACCUGCUUUGGUUCCUGGUCGUGGCAUAAUGGAGCAUAGGUUCUAAUGAUACCUUUUGUGGCCGUUCCAAAUGGGGAUUAGUGAAAGGAUCCGAAAUAGGUCAUAACAACAUCAUGACCUUCAACCUGCCAGUACUUGCCUAGUGCCUUGUUAGAAUGUAGCUUUUCAAUUGGACUGGAACACUAUGCAAUGCAGAGUUGUGAUUAUUUGACGUUGUAUGAUUGCCAGAUUUACUGUUUGCUUGAGUGUGAAGAUGUGAUGUCUUUUUAGAUGUGUAUUUUUCAGUGCAUGUGUUGCCUCAGAAACUCACUAUAUAUCGGUAAAAGCACUUUAUUAGAUCGUAAACAAUCAGGAGAGCCCUACUUCAUCUAUAAGACCUGAAUUGCAAAUGCAAUUGCUGUCACUCUAAUAAACAUCAAAAGUCACUCUACUGAAACUGGACCGUGUUGCUCAUCCGGUUAUUGAAAUGUUGGAAGUUGCCUUCUAUUUUAAUAAACUGCGUUUUAAUCUAAUGCUCUACAUUAAGGUUGUCUUUGAAGUGAACGAGGAAAUAUUACUCUAAACUUUACUCAGGGGUAAGAGAUCAUAAGAGUUGUGGAGUUAUUCAGACUGUAUAUAGAAAUGCACUAGGUGCAUAUUUUUAUCAAGCAAUGCCAUUCGUGUCACACAAUGCACCAAUGUUCCCAAAAAAUGACAUUAAUAUUCAAAUUAUAUUGUCAACUUUUGCUGAGAUUCUUGUGGAUAUUGUUUCUCCAUUGAAUGCAAAAAUAAAGCAUUCUGUGAAAAAAGAUAUA